AACCCUACGAAUUCCCUUUGCUGUAUCUCAUUUCACCACAUCCACACCCAACACAAAAAUGUCCACCAUUUCCAUCCUCCCCACCGCUCUCCAGGACUACCACCCCAUCGCCGCCCUCGAAACCCACGUCUUCCACGACGACCCCUUCAGCAUAGUAGGCUUCGGGCCCCUCCGCGCCUCACCUUCCAACAUCGCCCGACGAGCCGCGAACCUUGCUGCACCGUCCUCAAGACCAGGGGAGUGGAGUCUCGUGACCAAGGCUGUGGAUGAGAGGGGUGUUGUUGUCGGGGCUGCUGUUUGGGGGUUGGUUACUGGGAGGAAAGGGGAGGUUAAUGGGGGAAAGGAAGAGGGGAAGGAGAAGGGAGAGUGGAAACAAGAGGAUUGGGGCGAGAGUGCUAACCAGAGGUUUUGUGAGGAGGUUUUUGUUAGAGGGGAUGAGCAUAUGGUUAGGAGUUGUGGGGUGGGGGAUUAUGCUAGUGAGUUUUGUCUCUUUCAGUUCCUUGUAUGACAACUUAAAGGAAACGCAAAAGUUUUGAGAAGAGAAACUUUUGCUAAUGAGUGAACAG